GGUAAAGAAGAAAAUGAAUUAAAUUUUAGAAAAGGAGAUUUAAUUGAAGUAAUUGAGAAAGGAGAUGGACCUAAUAGUUGGUGGAAAGGUAAAAUAAAUGGAAUUGUGGGCGAUUUUCCCGUUAUUUGGGUAGUUGUUGGAUGUACAUUAUUUGCUACAGGAUUAUUAAUCGGCUUUUUAUACUGUUCAAGGAGGAGAAAGAGACAUUCAGCAAUUGAAUUGAUAUUAACAGUCUCUGAGGCCAAAAAAACUAUACAACAGGAAUUGAAUUAUUUGAGAAGUAACUUUAGUUCAAAGGAACUUCAGAUCAAUAUUAUUUAUCUUACGAUAUAUUCCGGCACAAGUUGGAUUACAACAUUUACAGUGAACGCAAAUGAUAGGGAAACACCUUUAAACAAUCUUGAUUCAGAUGACAAAUAUAGUGCACCUAUAGAUAAAAACAUAAUUUUUUCUAUUUGGCCAUGGAGAGAAAUAAUGAAUACUGCAUUAACGGAUAUGUGUGCAGUUAAGAAUGGUUGGGUUAUUAUUGGGAUUGUUGUUGGAAAAGAUAAACAUACACCCCCAUCACCGACACUACAACAAAAUUCGAUUGUACCAACAAAUGUUAUUUAUGCUUCUGUAUUGUAUGAUUUCGAGGGAGAUUUAAUUGAAGUAAUUGAGAAAGGAGAUGGACCUAAUAGUUGGUGA